GAACACUUCUCCCGCAGGAUCGCGUCGCGUUCUGCUCUGGGCUGGGGCAGGCAAUGGCUCGAGCACCUGGCGGCGCUCGCCGGCGAGGCGGCAGGAGGGACGCGGCGGGAGGGGAGGUGGUGCGGAAGGGGCCCUGGAUGGCGGAGGAGGACGAGGUGCUGCUGGAGCACGUGCGCACGCAUGGGCCCCGGGACUGGAGCUUCAUUCAAUCCAAAGGCCUCCUGCCGCGCACCGGCAAAUCCUGCCGCCUCCGCUGGGUCAACAAGCUCAGGCCCAACCUCAAGUCUGGCUGCAAGUUCUCCGCGGAGGAAGAGCGGGUGGUGCUGGAGUUGCAGGGGCAGUUCGGGAACAAGUGGGCGAGGAUCGCCACCCACUUGCCGGGCAGGACGGACAACGACGUCAAGAAUUUCUGGAGCACCCGCCAGAAGCGGCUCGCCAGGCUCCUUCGCGCGCCUCUCCCCGGCCGGUCCAGCAAGAGCAGCAGCGCCAAAGCGCCCGUCUCCGCCACGGGUCUGUGCCUGGACCAAGUUCCAUUCGAGGGCAACUCCUCCAGUGGCCAAUGUUGCGCAGCGACACCAUUCAUGGACGCCGAGAAUGCUGCACUAGUCCCGCAUGAUCAGACAGGCUCUGUACUUCUCAGUUUCGAGGGACCACUACCACCGAUCGCGCUGGCCACUGACAGCCACGCGUGUUCGUCAAACGCAGCCCCACUGCCACCAGAGCUACCGUUCGACCAGCCUCCGUACCCUCUGAUCGGCUUCUCGGGGAUGCCGGAAAGCUGCGACAUGGCUCCCGGGUUCAUCAGCGCCGCCGGUGCUAUGGAUGACCUCGUCUACCAGGAGCUACUUCCGAUGAUGCAGCCGGUUCCGAUGAUACUCCCGUUCUUCGGCACGGAGUGCUCGCACGGCGAUGGCGUCAAGGCCGAGCCCCCGGACGCGCCUGCCGACUUCUUCGACGACCUUCCGGCGGACAUGUUCGACUCUCUUGAUCAGCUGCCCCCGCCAUUGUAG